AACUGCUGGUAGUUCUCGUCUCUGUUCCCGACUUCCCUCCCUCCCUUCGCCCCACCCCCCUCCCCUCCCCUCCCAGAUCCGAUCCGCCCCGGCGGUCGCCGGCCGGAGCACCGCCAUGGCGCUCAGCCUCCGCAAGAAGCAGCUCGAUUUGAUCACGCGGAUGCUCCACCUGAACCAGCAGCAGCCGUCGCCGGACGGCGGCGGCGGGGAGGGGGACGAGGAGGCCUACAAGAUCCUGGUGAUGGACGGGCCCUGCAUCUCGCUCCUCUCGCCGGUGCUCCGCGUCGGCGACCUCCGCAAGCACGGCGUCACCCUCCACCUCAACAUCGACAAGGCGCGCCAGCAGGUCGCCGACGCGCCCGCGGUCUACCUCGUCCGCCCCACGCCCGCCAACGCCGACCGCAUCGCCGCCGACGCCGCCGCGGGGCUCUACGCCUCCUUCCACGUCAACUUCUCCACCUCCGUCCCGAGGCCCGUCCUCGACCGCCUCGCCGCCGCCACCGCCGCGUCCCGCUCCGCGCACCGCGUGGCCCGCGUCGCCGACCAGUACCUCGACUUCGUCUGCCUCGAGGACGGCCUCUUCUCGCUCGCCCAGCCGCGCGCCUACGUCGCCCUCAACGACCCGGCCGCCGCCGAUUCCGACAUCACCUCGCUCGUCGAGGCCGUCGCGCUCGGCCUCUUCUGCGUCGUCGCCACGCUCGGCGCCGUGCCCAUCAUCAGGUGCGCCCGCGGCGGGCCGGCCGAGAUGGUGGCCGCCGCGCUGGACGCCCGCCUUCGGGAUCACCUCCUAGCCAAGCCAAACCUGUUCACGGAGGCUGCAUCCAGUGCCGCCUCAUCGUUCCAGCGCCCGGUCCUCUGCCUGUUUGACAGGAAUUUCGAGCUGUCGGUGGGGAUACAGCACGAUUGGAGCUACCGCCCGUUGGUCCAUGACGUGCUGAGCUUCAAGCUGAACAAGCUGAAGCUGCCGACAGAGAAGUAUGAUCUGGAUGACUCGGACCCAUUUUGGGUGGCAAACAGCUGGUCGCCAUUUCCCAAGGUGGCUGAGGAGAUAGAAGCCCAGCUCGCCAAGUACAAGCAGGAUGUGGACGAGGUGAACCAGCGCACGGGUGGUGGUCGGGAUGGGGUUGAGUUUGAUGGAACAGAUCUUAUUGGCAACACCAAGCACCUCAUGAAUGCGGUGAACUCACUCCCGGAGCUGACCGAACGGAAGAAGAUGAUCGAUAAACACACGAACAUUGCAACCGCGCUGCUUGGGCACAUCAAGGAGAGGUCUCUGGAUGGAUACUAUGAGUGCGAGAAUGAUAUGCUCGUGAAUGGUACUGUGGAUCGGAACAUGCUGCUGAGUCUGCUCAGAGGGAAGGGCACCAAGGAGGAUAAGCUCCGGCUGGCCGUCACCUACCUGCUAUCCUUUGAGGCACCACCAGCAUCUGAACUUGAGCAGGUUGAGGCUGCGCUGCGGGAGUCAGAAGUAGAUAUGUCUGCAUUCCAGUAUGUGAAGAGGAUAAAGUCGUUGAACACACAGUUUGCCGCUGCAUCAAGCACGGCAAGCAGGAGCAACAUUGUUGAUUGGGCAGAGAAGCUUUACGGACAGUCCAUUAGUGCCGUGACAGCAGGCGUGAAGAAUCUCUUGUCGGAUGGGAGGCAGCUGGCUCUGACUAGGACUGUUGAAGCCCUCAUGGAAGGGAAACCAAACCCAGAGGUGGACAACUACCUAUUGUUCGAUCCACGGGCCCCUAGGUCAGGAACUGGUGGGCAGUUUAGAGGACCCUUCAGAGAAGCCAUUGUUUUCAUGAUUGGUGGUGGAAAUUACAUCGAGUAUAGGAGCUUAGUUGAGCUAGGGCAACGCUCACAGCCUUCAAAGCAUGUCAUAUAUGGAGCAACAGAGAUUCUCAAUGGGGUGGAGUUUAUUCAGCAGCUCGCAGAACUGGGACAGAAAGCGGGAUUAGGUGGUGGCAGCAGCAACCUACCACCACAGUAAAUAUGCUCUUACCAGAUGUUUUGAUGCUAUGGUGGGAUUGAAGCUUCACAGGUUGCAGUAAAUAGUCUCUUGCCGACACUUGAUGCUACUAAGGAGUGAUCCAGGCUGCAUAGACUAAUGUGUAAUGGUAUCAAAUUUCUCUGUUGUCGGGUUUAUGGCGCUGCUUUGAAUGAGUUAUCAAUACAAAGAUUUCUUGCCAGAGUUCCAACUGUUCCAGAAGCCCAAUAUGUUGAAAUGUCCAUGUAUGCUCGUUUAUUUUUGUUUCUUUUUUCCUUUUGCCCCCUUUUGAGAAAUGUUAGUGGAAUCUUGUUUGAACACCCCUACAAUCAGUUCAUGGAAUCUUAGAACACCUGUUCGGAUUUUUUUGAGAAAUUGAGUUUGUUAGCGUUUCUUA